AUGGCCGAUCUGACUACCUCCGGCCCUGUGCGGUCGGGUAGCCAGGCGAGCGUCGUCCUCAGGCCUCACGCCUCCGAAGCGAAUAUGCGAACUCGAUUUGGCACCACCAACGGGUCCUCGGCGAGCCUCGCUGGCCCGGCGCCUGGCCUCGGAGCCCGAUUUGGAGCGAACAAUGCGUCUUCGACAAGUCUGGCGGCUCCGGCACCGGGGUUUGGUGCACGAUUUGGUGCCAACAAUGGGUCUUCGACGAGCCUUGCCGGCCCCGGGCCCGGGGUCGGAUCGCGGCCGGGAACUGCAAACGGCAGGGUGAAACCGUGGGUCAACCCCUUGGAUGUCCAUUUCGCAAGGGACAUUCCCUCCGGUCCGUCCACGCCCAGAUCUCCGAUGGUCGAUUCCAUACACCUCCCUCCAACUCCUACCACGGACAAUGCGGAAACGGGGUCGGUGUUUGGCGAAGAGGCGGACGACAUGGUGGACGCUGUCAUGGCCUCAGUCAAGAAGCGGGAGCUGGAGGAGAAGAAUGCUAAGAGGAGGGAGAAGGAAUUGGAGAAGGAAAGGGAGACGGCUCGGCUAGACAUGGAAAGCAAAAGCCUUUCGGAGGAGCUGGUAUUGCGAGGUCCUGUGUUCAGAGGUGACACGGACAUGAGGCCUGGGAGCCGCAACGGGACAGCACAGGCCCCCUCGUGGCACCAAGGGCCGCCUCCCACGGGUCCUCCGACACAGUGUCUUCCCCAGCCCCCCGGCCAGGGGCCACCACGCCAGGGACCACUCGGCCCUGCUAGUGAAUGUCGCAACCCCCGGCCUUCCCGCCCGGCUGCCAAUGGGCCCGGGCCAGGACCCGGGCCUGGGCCUCGACUGAAUGGUCCCGGCCCCCAACAGUUCCGCCCUAAAGGCCCCUCUCCUGGCCCUCCGGCGCAAGGUGGCCACUCUCGCCCCCCGGGUCCUACUCCUCAGGACACUCCGGAAAAGGUCUUUCGUCCUUACCGGCCACCCCCCCUACAGGGUUCGGGUCCCCUAGCGAAUAUGGCAGGCGGUUUCCGGUCACCAAGUCCUCCUCAUGGCGCUUCCGGUGCUAAUGGCUUUCGCUCGCAAGGUCCUGCGCUCCGGAGUGCCGCUGUUCGAAAUCCGCCUCCCAUUGAGCACCAUGCUACUGCCGUGUUCAGUUCGGAGCCGGAAGCACCUGGGAGCAGGCGAGGCACGCCAGGCCCGGAAAGGCCAGGACUGGUGCCACUGAUAUCUUCAUUGACCUCUCCCUCCACCGUGACAUCGCCGUCUGGCUCAAUCCGGAGACUCUCCGUCGACGACGACUCGGGGGAGCAGUUUGUGCGCCCCCUGAUUCAGAAUGUCAUCGCAAAACGCGAUACUCUGACGUCCAAGACCCCUAGACAGCACAGUCUCUCGAUGAGGAUCGAAGAACUGGAAAAGACACUCCUAAGCGCGCAGCAUGCACACCCAGUGCCAAAACUACCAGGGUCGGUAGACAAUAGAACCAGUACGAGCAGCAGCGUCUACAGCGACGUGAUUAAGGACGAUCAUGACGACGAUGAUGACGAUGGUCCAAUCCUCUCCAUCCACCCAGCGCCACUCCGCAUCAUGUCACCUCCGGUUCCCCGCGAAAUGCCCCUGGCCCUGCCCCCUUGUACUACCAUGUCACCUCCGGCUCCUAUUCCUGCGGCUAUCAGCCGGCCGCAAAGCCCCAUGCGGGGUCCACCGAGGCGGGGACCACUGCCACGCCGGCCCGGGCUGGAAGAGUAUGGCGUGCCUAGCAAAGUAGUUAAUAGUCGUGGCGGGACGCCCACCCCCGCCUCGAGGAGUGGUAGCACCGACAACUAUAGCUCGCACAGCUCCCCGCCCUCGCGGACGAACACGCCCCAGCUCCGGCAUCCUAACAUUAGGCGCGACUUGAGUCAGCCCAGUCCGGCGCCAACGGUCGACACACUCGAGCGACCACGCCCGAACCCUGUCGUUGAUACGGGUUUCAAGUUCGACUUCGGCCCCAGCCCAGGGGUUAUCGGGCCACCCACCCCGGACUCGACCACAUGGUCGCUGGCGUCACCAGGCGGCGACGUGGGUUCGACGCUGCCUCCCCCAACCUCAGACCCAUCCCAGGCACAGGUGAAGACUGAGGCAUCGGCCAAGUUUACCCGCUCCAACGUCCCGGCGCCACUCAAUUUGAAGUUCAACUUCUCCCCCGACGCGCCGUCGCGUGAUCCGACCUUGGGUAGCCCUGGCGGACUAUGGACGCCGCCCAUUCGGUCGUCGCCCGCCGCCGGAACAACGAUGGACGGACGGCCAUCUACAUCUAGCGGCCCUGGUGGACCAACCAGUGGUGGCGGGCUAGCCGCCUCCCCAAGCUUCCUCUCCAAGUUUCCUGCUGACUUAUCCGGGUACGUCGACGAUGACUCGGCGGCCUUCAUGGGGAUCGGCAUGGCGCGUGGGCCCGAGUAUUAG